AUGAACGGUCCUAACAAAUUAGUAUACUUAGAUAUAUCUAUCGAUUCCAAGCCUAUAGGACGUAUUGUUUGUCAAUUAUUCAAUGACGCUGCUCCCAAGGCAUCCAAUAAUUUCUAUCAUCUAUGUCAAGGUGACGUUACAAUUGAAGGUCAAUCGAAUCCAGUGACAUUGAAAGGUAAUCAUUUCCAUCGUGUCAUCAAAAAUUUCAUGAUUCAAGCAGGUGACAUCGUCUAUGGUUCUGACAUAAAUGAAAAAUCUGAUAAUAUUGGUAAAGGUGGUUGUUCCAUCUUUGCCACCUCCGAUGAGAUCAAUAGUUCAGAUUCUGAUAUAAGUUGCUAUGGUAAUUUCGAAGAUGAAAAUUUGGGUGAAUUUAAUGAACCAUUCUAUUUAGCAAUGGCUAAUACGGGAUCUCCAAAUACAAAUAGUUCCCAAUUUUUCAUUACUACAUUUGCAUCUCCACAUUUGAAUGGGAAACAUUCUAUCUUUGGGGAAGUUAUUCAUGGGAAAUCUGUUGUACGUACUAUUGAAAACAGCCCAGUAGAUUCAGAUGGAUUCCCAGCAUCAUCUAUUAAAAUUGAGAAUUGUGGCUCAUGGGAAGAAAGUAUGGGAGUUCCAUUAUAUAAUGCCUCCAGUGAUCCAAUAGGUAAUGAUAUAUAUGAUGAAAAUCCAACUGAUGAUACUCAUAUUGAGCCAGACGAUUUUAACGCAGCAUAUGACGCCGCUGACUGUAUUAAAAAUUCAGGUUCCUUAUUAUUUAAAAAGAAAGAUUUCCAAAAUGCAUACUUUAAGUAUAGGAAAUCUUUAAAAUAUGUUAAUGAGUAUAUUCCAGAACCAGAUGUCGAUCAAGUUAAUAAUGAGAAGUUUACUACUCUAAAAAUGAAAUUAUAUUUGAAUUUAUCACUCGUUUUAUUCAAUUUGAAGAAAUUAGAUGAUGCCAUAUUAUAUUGUAAUUAUUUGUUAGAUAUGGAAAAUGUCCCAUCAUUAGAUAAAGCCAAGGCAUAUUAUCGAAGAGGGAAUUGUAAUUUUUCUAAAAAACAUUAUGAAGUUUCAUUGAAAGAUUAUAAGACAUGUAAAGAAUAUAAUCCAGAUGAUAAAAUAAUUGAUCAGAAAAUAGAACAAGUGGAAAAAAUUCUUUCUGAGAAGAAGGAGAAAACUAAGAAGAGUAUAGCUAAAUUCUUCUCUUAA